AUGUGCCAAAGUAAUCACUCACCAAAAGAAGUUGUCUUUCUCGAGUACUACUACAAGAGGAUUCCCUGGACCAGACGCAUGAGAUCAGAGGUAUUACAUGACACAGGCGUCCACCACCUUCGUCUGUUACACAUCCUAGGACGCCUUGCCCUCAUAUUGUUCUUACCUGUCUGGUUGUUCUACGAUUUUCGGAACGUUAUUAAUGAAUCAAUAUUUGUGUCAAAAGACAAAUACAGGAUCAUUGCGCUGCUGCUGACAGAUGGCGUGCUCAGCUGGCUACAGAAUAUCCUUGCAUUCAGUGUGAUGUCCUUGGUAACCUCUCUAACCUACGCAGUGGCCAGUGCGUCCAAGCGUAUUUUCGUCAUCGGAGCAUCACUGUUGGUGCUGGGCAACCCAGUGACAGGCACUAAUGUGUUUGGCAUGGGCCUCGCCAUACUCGGAGUCCUGUGCUACAACAAAGCAAAAUAUGACGCGAGACAGGAGGAAAAACAGAAAACACUCCUCCCGUUCUCUAGUAAAAGUUGGGAACCGAAUGGAGUGCCCUACUCUUCACUGCCAUCAUAUGAACCGUACACCGUACAAGACAACUCCCACAGCAGUCUCAACAACAACGGCAAAAGUGUCCAUUUUGUAUGAACCAGUAUUUUAGGCUUACUACUGUAUUUUUGUUUACCUGUACAUAGUGAUGCUUUGGUUAUAGGUGUACAAACAAUUUUUACAUUAGAAGUUUUAAGCUUUACAUACAAGAAACUGUUUCUUGGGAGUUACAAAACUAUUACCUGAAGAUAAAAAUAAAUAGGUAGUAAAAAAUCAUUUGCACACCUAUUUCAUAAAUUAUUAUUUAAAAUGUACAUUUUUUGUUUAAUGACAGGUGAAAUAGAUAGAUUUCAAUAAAAUAUUAAUACCAUAGUCCAACUCAAGCACUGAUGUAUGUAAUACCAAAUCAAUAACAUUUACCUAAAUUUCCUCAUAUAGUUAAAGCAAAUAAAGGGAAAUCUACUUUAAAAGGAAUGGUAUCUACUAAACUAACAAUAAAAUAUUGAGUAUAGAGAUCUGAUAUUUGGUUGGUUAAUUGAGCAUUGUAAUGGGGAAUGUUGUAUUGACAUAUUCCUGGAGUCAGCUAUACAAAUGUUUUAGCUAUCUCAGCAUAUUGCAACAUUCAUAAUUAAUUCUAGACUCGUUCAGGAAAACAUAGUAUUAUUAUUUUAUCUGUAAUGUUAUUAAACAGAGUUGGGAAGAUAUACAUUGAUAACCAAGUGGUUCAUUUGAAACAAAAUAAUACAGUAUUCAACCUCUGUCUGUUCAAAUAUACUGUUUUGUUAUACAAUUUUCUCCAUGUUUUCAUAAAAUCUUUAGUUAAUGAUUUAGUAUAUAGAAAUUUAAUAUCAUUUGAUCUUAAAAUAAGUUAUCCAUUAGAAGCUUGCACAACAAAUCAAGAAUUAGAUUGGUAAAUAACAGUAUUGCCUGUGUAUGAUCAUGAAAUUAAUUUUACCUUCCAAUAAAACAACUGAUUAAAAUAUUUUAUCAUUUGAUCUUAAAAUAAGUUAUCCAUUAGAAGCUUGCACAACAAAUCAAGAAUUAGAUUGGUAAAUAACAGUAUUGCCUGUGUAUGAUCAUGAAAUUAAUUUUACCUUCCAAUAAAACAACUGAUUAAAAUAUUUUAUCAUUUGAUCUUAAAAUAAGUUAUCCAUUAGAAGCUUGCACAACAAAUCAAGAAUUAGAUUGGUAAAUAACAGUAUUGCCUGUGUAUGAUCAUGAAAUUAAUUUUACCUUCCAAUAAAACAACUGAUUAAAAUAUUUUAACCUUCCAUCUGUACUUCUGUCGGCAAACCAUUUCUAGGCUUAAUUUAACAGUAUUUUUCUAAAUUAAGAGUUGUACAUUGACAAAAUACAUUGUUUAUUUAAAUAAUAUAGAAUAUUUAUAUAAAUAUAUGUAUAUAAAUAUUGCAUAUAUGUCUUCACACAUUUCCAGACAACAUUGGAAAAGAGCUGUUAAUCUGGAAAUGUACUCAUUUUGGGGAAAAUCAUAAAAACUAUUGGUUGGAGCAAUUUUAUGCAGUUGCACAUAAAAUUGCAUUCAUUGGUUGUAUUAUGUACAACAAUACAAGAUGUACAAAUAAAAAUGUAAUAAGGUUCUGAAACUGAAAAACUAAGAUUAUAAGUAAAUAAAUGUUAUCAACAAGUUAAAUACAAAGUAAAGCAUCGUUGUCUGUCAGUAGGUUUUUAUAAUAAAUUUAUCUAUAUUUACUGUAAAAAGACAUUUUGAGUUGUUAAUAAUGUGUUUAUUUAUAAAAUUAGUAACAGAUAUACUUGUAUCAGGUUUAUAAGUAAUGAAACAUCCCAAGACUCAUUUUCAGAUAGAUUUAAACAAAGAGCGCCCACAAGAAAAAUGUUUUAGGCAACGUUUUUUGUUGCGACACACUAUAUUAUGAUCUCAAAAUUAACCUCAAAAGAAGUAAAAUAAUAUAUAUCCAACAUUAACAUUUAUUUAAUUUUAAUCUUUAUAAAUUAUUAUUAUAUACACUAAAUAUUUUCUAUAGUUAAAUGUUUGUUUUAUUUGCAUUGUGUGUAAGAAUUCUUAAGGUUUUUAAAUCAUAUUUUAUGUAAAAUGGUGUUCAUUCUUAGAAUUUAGUUUUAGUUAUUAUUUUUAAAAUCUAAUUAUCUUAGAAUUUUUCUCUAAACUUUCAUAAUUAUUUUUUCUUUACUAAUAAGUGAACAGCAAAGUUUGACAAAUAAAUAUAUAAUACCUUUA